CGCGCCCUCGCGGUGGCCGCCCCGCGCCGUCCGGCAACCAUGUACGACCCGCCGGUGGACCUCCGCUGUCCGCUCCGAUCCCGCUCCGCCAUCGGUGAUCCCAUUCCCUCCCCUAUUAAUUUCGCUUCCCGCGCGGCCGCCAUAUUUUUUCUCUUCCACACCAACCAGAGAGCUCUGCGCUGGAUCAACCACCACCUGCGUCAAACCACCACUGGCACUGCACCAAGACCGGCACCCACUUGCUGGCCGUGAUCGUGAACCUCGCGGCUCAUCUCUCAUCUUCUUCCUCUCCUGUAUAAAAGCUUCUUCGUCCCCCGUCUCAUUCUGCUCCAGAACCUUCCCCAUUUGGACCACAGGCUUGAUUCUCCCUCUCCCACUUCGAGCCUAGCUUUCUAGCUACCUUCAUGCGUAGAUAGUAGGUGCGCAGGAAAACGUGUCCACACGCGCAAGGGUAACGAUCCAUGGAGCGGUCGCCGGCGCCGGCUCCGGUGGAGGUGCCCAAGUUCUUCGUGUGCCCGAUCUCGCUGGAGGUCAUGCGGGACCCGGUGACGCUGUCGUCGGGGAUCACCUACGACCGAGACAGCAUCGAGCGCUGGGUGUUCACCGACGGGCACGGCGACUGCCCCGUCACCAAGCUGCCGCUGGGCGCCGACGACCUGGAGCCCACGCCCAACCACACGCUCCGGCGGCUCAUCCAGUCCUGGUGCGCCGCGCACGCCGUCGAGCGGUUCCCGACCCCGCGCCCGCCCGUCGACGCCGACCGCGUCGCCGCGAUCGUGGAUGGCGCCAAGAAGAAGGGUAGUGGUGGACCUGGUGGUGGCCAGGGCCAGCAGGAGCUGAUGGCCGCGCUCAGGGAGCUCGCGGACAUCGUCGGCGAGAGCGACCGCAACCGGCGCUGCGUCGAGGGCGUGCCGGAAGCCGUGGAGUUCCUCGUGUCCGUCGUCAAGAAACACGCCGCUACCACGUCGUCGUCGUCGUCCAAGCCUCUCCUCGGCGGAUGCGGAUCCCAAUCCCAUUCCCAAGAGGAAUCGACGUGCGGUGGCGUGCCGGGCUCGCCCAAGGCGUGCUCGCCGGAGGAGGCGGCUCUGAGCAUCUUGCAUUCUCUAAAGCUCUCAGAGGCGAGCCUGAAGAGAGUCCUGGACAGCAGCGACGACUUCGUGGACGCCUUGGCGUCCGUGCUGCGGCGCUGGCCGAGCUACCGGGCGCGCACGUACGCGAUGCACCUGCUCAAGGCGGCGCUGUCGGCCAUGCAGCCCUCGCGGCUGAGCUCGACGGCGAGCACCGAGCUGGUCGAGGGCGUGGUGAAGGUGGUGGCGGACAGGACGCUGUCGCCCAAGGCCAUCAAGGUGGCGCUCCACGUGCUCUGCCGGCUCUGCCCGUGGGGCCGGAACCGCAUCAAGGCCGUCGAGGCCGGCGCCGUGGCGGCGCUCGUGGAGCUGCUCCUCGGCGACGGGUGCGGUGCCGGCGGUGGCAGGAGCAACGGCAAGCGGGCGUGGGAGCUCGCGGCGGUUGCCAUCGACCAUCUCUGCGGCUGCGCGGAAGGGCGGUUGGAGCUCGUGGCCCACCCGGCAGGGCUGGCGGUUGUUGCGAGAGCCGCGACGCGGCUGUCCGCCACGGCCACCGAGAGCGCGGUGCGCGCGCUGCACGCGGUGGCCAGGCACUCCGCGACCCCCGCGGUGCUGCAGGAGAUGCUCGCCGUCGGAGUGGUGGCGAGGCUGCUGUACCUGGUGCAGGCCGGCGCCGCCGGCGACCGGCCGAGGGAGAGGGCGAGGGAGAUGCUCAAGAUGCACGCCAGAGUUUGGAGGGGCUCGCCGUGCUUGGCGGCGCACAUGGCAUCCUACCCUUGCUGAUAUCGCAUGCCGGCAUGCCGCAGCCGACCAAGAUCGGUCAUCAUUUGGUGACAAUUCUCACGGUCGAUCUAGUCUGUUUGCUCGUCGUCUCAUAUCGUAUCAUACGUAGAGACUCGGCAAAACCUUUUGCUUUGCUCAUUUUUGCAUGUAAAGAUUGUAUUCUUAGCUAGACCGGGAUCUAUCAGGUUUGAUAUGUAAUUAAGUUCCCCAAGAUGGGGUUGGGAUAAA